CCACAUUUCGCAUUUGCGGCCAAAAAACCGACCGCAGCAACAAUUCUCAUCUGCAGUCAAGUCGGUAUCCACUGCGCGUUCACCAUUUCGUACGCAACGCGGGUCUUUUUAUUCUACCGAGCUUACCAUCUGUUACGGCCGCUGGACUGCCCAAUCUUCUGCAAAGAACGACUGUUGAGCGCUCUCCACAAUGCCUCAAGCACAACCGGAGCUUAAGAAGUAUCUAGACAAGCGCGUGUUUGUCGCCCUCAAUGGAAGCAGAAAGGUUAUGGGAACGCUAAGAGGCUACGAUGUCUUCCUGAAUAUUGUGCUGGAUGAGGCGGUUGAAGAGAAGCAGUCAGGAGAGAAGGUUCGCAUUGGCAUGGUUGUCAUUCGCGGGAACUCAGUGGUCAUGAUGGAAGCUCUGGAUAGAAUAGACGAUGGCAAACCUGGUGGACAGGGCGGCUUCAGAAAUCAAUGAUCGAGUCUGCGAGAAAUAUGGAUACGGAGCAAAACACUGCAGGACAACAAGCUUCAUCUCGAGGGCAGUAAUGAGUGGUUCUCGAGGAGAGAGCAUCGAGCGGCAGAGGCCACGCGCAAGGCGCGAGCGGGCAUUUUACUACAUCACUCUGGCUAAUUCGCAGACGCGGGAAACCGGUAUGUAGCCCGCACAAUAUCACGUAUAGUCCAACUUGCUCAAAAUUGUUUAAGCAAGGAUCUCCCGACAUUCGGGGGCACGAGUGAAACGGGUGACAUUUUCCACCACGUGCAUUGAAUGAACGAUAAUUUUAUUGGUAGUGGUUUGGGCAAUUUGAAGCAUUACAUGCAAACGAGG